AGGAAUAAUUUUAUAACUUCCUUAGGUUUAAUAUUUCGUAACUAAUAUGUGCUUCCCUAAUCCUCUCUGUUCAUCAUUCUUCGUAAGUUUCUGCUUUUAAUUAUGUUUCAAAAUUUUCAAGUUAAUUUUUAUUUGUACCAUUUUGUUGAUAACUUAGGAAAUAGGUGCCAAUGAGAAAAACAUGAAAUUAUAUAUAUUACUGUACACUUUUGUAUAUAUGUAAGAAAGAAUAUAAGAAUGCUUCUUAAAAACAAUUUACCCAUCAUAAGCACGGGGAUUAUUAAGAAAUUCCCACAAAUAGGCAGAACAAAUAUGUUGCCUUCUUAUGCUAAAGUGCUAAUAUUUAGCUUCUUCUUCUGGAAUUCUUCAAAUUCUAAUGAUAGUUUAUGUAUUAAGUCAUGUGAUGAAAAAAACUGUGAGCGAAGCAUUUUCAGUGUUAAAAAGUUUAGAGUUCUAACCGAGUAUAAUGGCUAUGAGAGCGGAAGUUACUCAAGUCUAGAUUCCUUAGAGGAUAUGGAAGAUGACGAAAGAGAAGAACGCUUACGAGAAUUGAUAUCCUAUUAUAAUGUGUUCUUAAAUUAUUACCCAGAACUUAACACCAAAGACAAAAUUAUUAAAAUAAAAAAUCCAGAAUUACCACUUGCAGGAACUUAUGCAUCUAAUGGAAAAGAACAUGUGCCACAAUAUCCUUCAGAACCCGAAAGAUCAUAUGGAUAUGACGAAGUAGACAGUAAUCUCGAGGACGAGGAUGAAUAUGAAGAAUUCGAAAUUUUGAUUGAAGCAGAACCCAUUGAAGAAGCAGAUUAUCUUGAGGAAUAUGUUGACUUGGAUAUAGACAUGGACGACAAAGAGCUAACGGCACUUGAUGGAAUCUAUGAAGAAGGAAUGAGUACGUUUAAACGGAAAUAUUUGGAAAUUAUGAAUAAAUUUAUUGCAUAUAUUAACAAUUUGAAGUGGAAUAGUGAAUCAGUUCAUGAUUACAUUCUUUUAUUUACACAAAUUAAUAUAUUAAUAAUCCUUUUCUUUCUACAUUUGGCAGCACGAAAUGUUUUUAUUAGCAUGGGUGUUGCGGCAUUGGCAUUGUUUGUAAUUUAA